CAGCAGAGGGAGGCGGACAGAGAGAGAAGCUAAACUGUGCUCAAGUUUCUUUUGAAGAAGGAUAUUUUAUAAAAUGUGGGUCGUGCUCGUGCUGGCUGCGCUCGCGGUGGGAGCUUCAGCGACAAACUGCUCAUGUGCGACCAUGGAUUGGGCCACCUGUAACGAAAACCCAUGUUCUUGUUUCCUCUUGGUGGGUGAUAACGAUAAUCAAAUGCUUAACUGCACAACCUUAAUCCCAAAGUGCAUUAUGAGGAAGGCUGAGAUAUACCGAGCCAGAACAAGUGUAGACUUUCACGCCUUGGACAAUGCUGGCCUCUUCAACCCUGAAUGUGAGAACGAUGGAAAGUUUAAGGCCAAGCAGUGCAAAAACCCAAAGGAGUGCUGGUGUGUCAACAGCGCUGGCAGUCGCCGAACUCGGGUGGAAGAUGACAAUCUGAAGUGUGAGGAGCUGGUGGAGACGGAGAUGGCUCGUCUUGUGCUCACACUCAAACAAGUAACAGGCAAAGUGAAUGAAAAUGAGCUAAAGAUCCUCAAGGAUGUAUUUCAAAAACGUUACAACUUCAUUAAAGACAUUGGUAAAAUGAUAGACUUUGAGUACUACAAGAAAGAACACCAGAUUGUGAUCAAUGUGAGGAAGUCAGAGGGAGACACCGACAUGACUGCCUUGGCCUACUACAUUGAAAGAGAUGUUACAGGGCUGCCCCUGUUCAAGGGCCAGGGGAAGUUUGAGAUGAUUGUUGGCUCCAGGAAGCUGGAGGUGGAGAACAUCAAUACCUAUUAUGUAGAUGAGAAGCCCCCAACCUUCCCAACAACGAUCCCUGUAGGAGGAAUCAUAGGAAUCGUGCUGUUGGUGGUUGUAAUCCUAUGUUGCAGCCUGGCAUUAUAUCGCUGUGUGAGGAAGCGUCAAGGGCAAAGAACUGGACACUGAUACUUGACAACUAAGUGCUUGGGGAGCAAACCCCUCCAAUUGUACCCUCUUUCCAAAACAUGUACAUUUCUGUUAAGUUACAAUAUGGUCCUUAAGGACCUCUACAACUCAAACGGCCUACUUCAUCAAACCCUGGCUCUGUACAUAUAGCUCCAACUCCAAAAAAGGUUGGUCCGUGUGUAAACUGUGAAUAGAAACAGAAUGCGAUGAUUUGCAUUUCUCAUAAACCCAUAUGUUAUUCACAAAACAACAGAUCAGAUGUUGAAACUGAAAGAAUUGCCUAUUUCAUGAAAAUUUGGCUGAUUUUGGAUUUGUUGGCAGAAACAGGUAGCAUCUCCUCUUCUUUUGACAACAGUCUGUAAAAGUCACCCUUUUUUUUUCUUUUUUUUUUUUGGUCAAAAGGCACAAACACAUCAAACAGGCUCAACAGUUGGCUCGGUUUCUUAAGCACCUCAUUUUUCUUUUUUUUUGGCAUUCUGUAUCAAUAAAGUAACUGCACAAAAUGCCCAUUUUUUGGCUGUCAGAUAAGAGUGGCUGCUCAAUAUUCAAGGCAAAUACCAACAUGUCUUACAUGGACAGUGGAGAAGUAUCAUGGAUAUUAAAUAUCCAACAGUCCAGUGCUAACGUUUGUGUCUCCUAGACCAAAACUAAAGUAACUUUUUGUCAGGGUUUUAAUGAUCAGUUCUCUAUUUUAAGGUAUUCUUGGCUUAGUCUUUAUCUUGAAUUAAAGGUAACAGUAACAUAGUUUUAGUCAACAGAGUUAGCACUGAUAAUUGGGAUUUGUUUUAAAAUUAAAAAAUAAAUACAAUACAAGUAAAUACAAGUUAAUUUUCCACAUGAAACGAUAAACCUUUUUGACCAGAUCAGUGUCCCCUCUGUUAAGAAGACAAUGGGCCUCUUUUAUCAACCAUUCUUAAGAAGUUUGUUCUUCAGACUGGGCAAUUCAUCAAAGUUUUGAUUAAUUCACAGUUAAAUCGCAGAAGGUUACGAUCUCUCUUUCACCUUAAAUGUGUGUCAGAAUACGAGUUUAAUACACUUUUUUUUUGCAGCAAUGAUGUUAUGUUCUACACAUCCUAAAAAAACAUCAAAAUAUAUUCAUUUCUUUUAUAAUAGUUUGCAAAACAUCUUGUUUGUGGAUGUUUCCUAAUAAAAAGUAAGAAUGGCGUAAAAAAGACCCUUCCCUUCCAUGCGACAGUUCAUACCAAAUCUGCAAUAUACGCAAGUCAAAAUAAUUACAAUUUGAUUUUUGUUCUUUAACAAAAUCUUUCAGGCCUAGUUUAAUCUACGGUUAAAAUAAAGAAUUAUUUAUGCCUUUUUUUGCUGAAAAAUGCAUGGAUAAUGAAUUUAGGAAAACAAUAGCAUAAUAAAUCACAGUUGCAACACUGAAAAAAUAUAUCACUCUCCCAAAUAUUUAAGACCUACUUUAAACCAACAUCAUCAUCAAAGUUAUCUCAUCUAAAAACACUCCUUAGCAAUUACGCACAUUUAAGAGCUGAUAAUACAGUAUAAAAUGAUUGACCAUCAACUCAUUGUUUCUCAAAUGUGCUAGAUUAUAAAUGAUAUGAGUCUCUUAAAUUAUAUUUUACAUUUCCAGUUGCAUUUUAUCCGUUUAAUACUUUUAUAUAGAUGAAUCACUGAAUGACUUAAAUAUGGUCAUGAAGUAAUUUAAACAUGCAAUGUUUGAUUUUAGCUGCUAAAUGUAAAGUUUUGAUUAUAAAGUGCAUUCAGAAAGUAUUCAGACUCCCUUUCCUUAUUUUAAAUUUUAUGUUACAAUCUGAUAAUGAAGUACCCCAUAAUGACAAAGUGUAGACAGAAGUUAUUUUUUAUUUUAUUUUAUUUUUUG